AAACUAACUGUUAUGCGCAACGCAUUGUACAAGCGGAGAGUCUCCGGCGAUUUCAAUGAGCGGCGAGGAGAGAGAAACUGACGCAUACCGAGUUCUGGUGGAUCGGUGUCGGAGUCUGGAGGAGAAACAGGCCAAGCUGAGGGAGGAGUUCGACCAACUGGUGCAGGAGAAGAAGCUCACGGUCAUUGACGAUGAGCAAGUUAUUGCUGAUUCAACCGUUGGUUUUCUUUCUGGCUCCUUCUUCUCCGACCGUCCCUAUGAAAGCGUAUUGAAAUGCAUGGGACACGCCGUUUACGUUCUUAGAGUUCCCUCCGCCGAGAUCAUAUACUGGAAUCACUCAGCGGAAACUUUGUAUGGAUGGAAGUACUAUGAAAUCAUUGGUCAAAGAGUAUCUAAGUCCCUAAUUGCUGAAGAAAAUUAUGCAUCUCUACAAAAAAUUCUGGAAAGGUUGGCCACAGGAGUACCGUGGUCUGGGCAGUUUCCUUUCAAGAAGAGGUCUGGUGAAGUAUUUAUGGCAAUGGUAACAAAAACUCCUCUUUAUGAGGAUGGUGAACUUGUUGGUGUUAUAACUGUUUCAAGUGAUGCAGCUAUAUUGAACUCUAGAAAUUCAGAAAAUCGAAGAACAUAUCAAUCUGGUGCCGAUGGCCAACCUGGAGUGCACAGAUUAAACUUCAAAAGGAUUCAGUGGCCUCCACGGCCGAUGAUUGCACCAAUGCCACAUAUUGCAUCAUCUGUUUCCAAUCUGGCAUCAAAGUUUCUCCCACGGCGGCAUAUUGAUGACACAUUUUCCAGGAAUACUUCAACAGAUGCAGACGAUGAAAAACUAGAGAAGCGUGGCAUAUAUGAAACAAAACCUCAUUCCAGACAUCACCAUAAAGAAAACCCAACUAUCGCAGGGGCCUCCGAGAAGGAUGAGUCUACUAUUGACUCUGGUCAACCUCCUAAAAUUGCAGCCAGAGUCCUUGCCAAGCUUCCAAUAGGGGGAGGUGGAAAAUGUGGGAGGGGUAAUGGAAGUAUAAAAAAUAAUACCACAACUGAUAGUCGAGGAACCAAUAGAGUGAAUAACGACAAUGAUUCAUCUGGUGGUUUAGUGCCAUUAACUCCACAACAAGAUGCCGCUAAUGGAGCAGAGAAAAUAGAAAAUCUUCAUAAAUGUAAUUCUUUAGUGAAGAGAACAGAUACAAGAGUCUGUGCAUAUAGAACUUCCAAUGUUUCCAAAGAUAGUUCUGUCAAACCUCUCUCAGGGGAGUGGUGUGAAUGUUUUGGUUCUCCCAUUCCCCAAGAUCCAUUGAUAAGAAUACGCUGUCAAUCUGAUCAGAAGAAAUUGGAACCAGAGGCUACAAAUGUGGUGACAGAAGAUGAAAUGCAAAAGCAGCAAGAAGGGUUGCCACUGCCGAGUUCAAGGGAGAGCAUAGGCAGCCAUGAAAGUUCAUCAAGCAAAGGGGAUAAUGAAUCAAACUCUGUUGUAGAGUGUGAAAUCCAUUGGGAAGACCUUCAAUUAAGAGAGGAGAUUGGACAAGGUUCUUAUGCUGUUGUUUAUCAUGGAAUUUGGAAUGGAUCGGAUGUUGCUGUCAAGGUUUUCUUUGGGAAUGGAUACGCAGAGGAGACUUUACAAGACUACAGAAAAGAGAUUGAUAUAAUGAAGAGAUUGAGACACCCUAAUGUAUUGCUUUUCAUGGGAGCAGUAUAUUCACCAGAAAGGCUUGCCAUUGUGACAGAGUUGUUACCCAGGGGAAGCCUUUUCAAAACUCUGCACAACAAUCAAACAAUAGACAUCAGAAGGCGUCUAAGGAUGGCUCUUGAUGUUGCAAGAGGAAUGAAUUAUCUUCAUCACAGAAAUCCACCAAUUGUGCAUAGAGACCUGAAGUCUUCAAACCUGCUUGUUGAUAAAAACUGGAGUGUGAAGGUUGGAGACUUUGGCCUGUCAAGGUUGAAGGAUGCAACUUUAUUGACUACAAAAUCUGGGAGAGGCACCCCUCAAUGGAUGGCCCCUGAAGUCCUUAGAAAUGAACCUUCUAAUGAGAAGUCUGAUGUGUUCAGUUUUGGCGUCAUUCUCUGGGAACUAAUGACUCAAUCUAUUCCAUGGAAAAAUUUGAAUUACUUACAGGUUGUUGGAGUCGUGGGCUUCAUGGAUAGACGACUGGAGCUGCCGGAGGGGCUUGAUCCCCAUGUUGCGUCAAUCAUUGAUGACUGCUGGCGAAGUGAUCCAGAGCAACGCCCGUCGUUUGAAGAGCUUAUACAGAGAAUGAUUUUCCUUGUCAACAGAGUAACAGCAGUGUCAAUUAGAACAAUUUCAGAAUCCUAAUCUUGUUAUGCAGUUUAGGUUAAAGAUCCAGUUGCUUUAUCGAAAUAUAUUAAUUAAAAAAACGGAUUAUCAGAGAAAUCAGGAGUACAAGCCAAUAAAUUGAGUGGCUAACGGAAAACAUUAUUCCUUUCGAAACCCAAGGGAGAGAAAUGGAAGAUGUGAGAGUAGGAGAUAAAAUGUGUUGUAAAUUACCGUGGUUGGAGUCACUGAUAAGUAUUGAAUUCAUGAUGCAAUUGUGGAUAUAAGGGGUAACUCGAGGUGAAGUUGAUCAUGGCGCGCUCCUAUUUUGAGGACUGGCUCCUGAAUAGUAAACAGAACAAGUUUCCUUUUUUGGAUGAGGAUUCCAGUUGAAUCCACCUUCGUCGUUGGAUUGGGCUCCAAAUCCAAAUCCUUUGUAAAUUGGGUUCAAUUGCUGAAAUUAAAAACUAAUAUCAAUUUAUG